ACGGAGCCUCCGCCCUCCGCCCUCCCGCCCGAGGCCAUGGCGGACACCCGGCGGCGGGUCAAGGUCUACACCCUGAACGAGGAGCGGCAGUGGGACGACAGGGGCACCGGACACGUCUCGUCCAGUUACGUGGAGAGGUUCAAGGGGAUGUCUCUGCUCGUCAGGGCCGAGUCUGACGGUUCUCUCCUUCUUGAAUCUAAAAUAAAUCCUAAUACGGCGUAUCAAAAACAACAGGACACGUUGAUUGUGUGGUCGGAGGCAGACAACUAUGACUUGGCCCUUAGCUUCCAAGAAAAAGCAGGCUGCGAUGAAAUAUGGGAAAAGAUAUGUCAGGUUCAAGGCAAGGACCCCUCAGUGGACAUCACCCAGGACCUGGUGGACGAGUCUGAGGAGGAGCGCUUUGAUGAUAUGUCCUCACCGGGGUUGGAGCUGCCGCCGUGCGAGCUCAGCAGGCUGGAGGAGCUGGCGGAGCUAGUGGCCACCUCCCUGCCUUCACCCCUACGACGAGAGAAGUUGGCGCUCGCACUGGAGAAUGAGGGCUACAUCAAAAAGCUCCUCGAACUCUUUCACGUGUGCGAGGACUUGGAGAACGUAGAAGGACUGCACCACUUGUACGAGAUUAUCAAAGGGAUCUUCCUGUUGAACAGAACUGCACUUUUUGAGGUCAUGUUUUCCGAAGAAUGUAUAAUGGACGUCAUAGGAUGUCUAGAAUAUGACCCUUCUUUAUCCCAGCCACGGAAACAUAGAGAGUUUCUGACCAAAACAGCCAAGUUUAAAGAGGUGAUCCCUAUCUUGGAUCCAGAACUUAAGCAGAAAAUCCAUCAGACCUACAGAGUACAGUACAUUCAGGACAUGGUCCUGCCAACACCCUCUGUGUUUGAGGAAAACAUGCUGUCCACGCUUCACUCCUUCAUCUUUUUUAACAAGGUUGAAAUAGUUGGUAUGUUGCAGGAAGAUGAAAAGUUUCUGACAGAACUUUUUGCACAGUUAACAGACGAUACCACAGACGAUGAUAAAAGACAGGAACUGGUGAAUUUUCUGAAAGAAUUUUGUGCAUUUUCUCAAACCUUGCAACCUCAAAACCGAGAUUCUUUCUUCAAGACAUUAUCAAAUAUGGGCGUGCUCCCAGCCCUAGAGGUCAUUCUGGGGAUGGAUGAUCUCCAAGUGCGUAGCGCAGCCACUGAUAUAUUUUCCUAUUUGGUCGAGUACAAUCCAUCCAUGGUGCGAGAGUUUGUCAUGCAGGAAGCUCAACAGAACGAUGAUGAUAUUCUUCUCAUCAAUCUCAUCAUUGAACACAUGAUUUGCGACACUGAUCCCGAACUGGGUGGUGCAGUCCAACUGAUGGGGCUGCUUCGCACUUUAGUUGACCCUGAGAACAUGUUGGCUGCCGUCAAUAAAAACGAGAAGACUGAAUUCCUGAGUUUCUUUUACAAGCACUGCAUGCAUGUCCUCACUGCCCCCUUGCUGGCGAACACCACUGAGGAGAAGCCCAGCAAAGGUGAGCCAUCUCCGUACAAUGAUGAUUUCCAGACGGCACAGCUCUUGGCCUUAAUUUUGGAGUUGCUGACGUUCUGUGUGGAGCAUCACACCUACCAUAUCAAGAACUACAUCAUAAACAAGGACGUUCUGCGGCGGGUGCUUGUCCUCAUGGGCUCCAAGCACGCUUUUGUGGCAUUAUGUGCACUUCGCUUCAUGAGGAAGAUCGUGGGGUUGAAAGACGAGUUCUACAACCGGUACAUAAUGAAAGCCAUUCUGUUUGAGCCAGUGGUCCGGGCGUUCCUCAACAAUGGAUCCCGCUACAACCUGCUCAACUCCGCCAUCAUUGAGAUGUUUGAGUUCAUCAGAGUGGAAGACAUCAAAUCUCUAACGGCUCAUGUCAUCGAAAACUACUGGAAAGCACUUGAAGAGGUGGAUUAUGUGCAGACGUUCAAAGGUCUGAAACUGCGUUACGAGCAGCAAAGGGAACGGCAGGAUCAUUCAAAGCUCGACAGCAUGCGCUCGAUCCUGCGGAACAACCGUUACCGGCGCGACGCCCGCACCCUGGAGGAGGAGGAAGAGAUGUGGUUCAACACGGACGAGGAGGAGCUGGAGGACGGCGAGGCGGUGCUGCCGGCCGACAGGUCAAAAACCGACGGCGAAAUCGUGGACCAUUUUGGCAAAUUUAUGGAAAGGAAAAAAUUGAAGGACGGGGAUGACAAGGAGGUCUUGACGAAGAGCCCGCUGACAGGCAGACAGAGCCCCAGCUUCAAGCUGUCUUUUACCGGUGCCAGCGGUGGAGGCGGCAAAUCCAGUCUCAGCCGCCAGUUAGCCUCCGGGAACUUACUGGGGGCUCCAGCACCUCCCAGCUCACCCGGAACAAUAGCCAAAAGCACACCUCACACGCCAGCUAUUACUACCAAGGGAGGUAUCAUCGGCCUUGUAGAUUAUCCAGACGACGAUGAUGACGAGGAAGAGGAGGAGGAGGAGGAGGAGGAAGAUGAAGAGAGGGACGAGAAAGAACAAUCAACACCUUUGAAAUCCAGGCUCGGGUCUUAAUAAAGACCCCAACCCUUCCCGUCAACACCCCCACUACCACCACCACCACCAUCUCUCCCCUCGGCCUUAACCCUGCGAUCUCCCAACAGACUUGCUUAAGACCACCUGAACUUACGGUGGUGUCCCAAGCUGUUGCUUUGCGCAGGGAGAACGUACGUUCGUGUGGAAUUCUGCUGAUCAAGUGCCAAUACAACUGAAGUAGGAAAAACAAAAUAUGAGGAGGGAAAAAUUCCUCUGGUCUGAAGAGGAAGCGGAUUGGAACUCGCUGACACCCAAGUGAUAUCCAGGCUUUGACCUCACUCUACCCCUUUCUCAGGGAAGGAAGAUCUAUAUUAAAAAAAAACUGCAGCUAAGUGAGGGUGGAGCGUUCUCGAGUACAGUGAAGCUUGCGGGACUCAGCUUUCCAGGCCAAUCGUUGGGGGGGGUGGGGGACAAUUGUCCACAGGAACCCUGGCCGAUAUCUGCUCCGAUCCUCUCCGGUGGGAAUUCCUGCCCGGAAAUACGCCAGCAGUCUUUGGUGUUUUCUUUUCCCCAUUUGUUGUUCAGAAGACCUGCCUUCGCAUCGUACUUUCAGGAAACUUUUAUCGCAACGGGAACUAAAAUGGGGAGUGGGGGGGGGG